AACUGUGCUCCCUGGCUAGUACCACGAUCCAAUCAACAGCUGGAGAAUGCGGCAGGGAUUCAAAAUGAUACUUUGGAAAACUCGGGGGACGUUGUGAGAGAUAUUGGUAUCAACCUGACAGACCCUAUGUUCAGAGGAAUCUAUAGGGGGGUGCAGAAGCACCAAGAUGACUUACAAGAUGUAAUAGAGAGAGCUAUCCAGAUUGGCGUUAAAAAGUUUCUGAUCACAGGUGGAAGUCUACAAGACAGUAGAGAUGCGCUGCAGCUGGCACAAACAAAUGACAUGUUUUUCAGUACAGUUGGGUGUCAUCCCACGAGAUGUGAUGAGUUUGGAAAGGACAGCCCUGAUCAAUACUUAGCAGGAUUGCUGGACCUUGCUCAGAACCACAAGGGGAAAGUUGUAGCAAUAGGGGAAUGUGGACUAGAUUUUGACCGCCUGCAGUUUUGUUCCAAAGAUACUCAACUCAAAUACUUCGAAAAACAAUUUGAACUGUCAGAACAGACACAAUUACCAAUGUUUCUUCAUUGUCGGAACUCACAUGCUGAGUUUCUGGACAUAAUGAGAAGAAAUAGAGAUAGGUGUGUGGGUGGAGUGGUGCAUUCAUUUGAUGGAACUAAGGAAGCUGCAGCUGCUUUGAUUGACUUGGACCUUUACAUAGGAUUUAACGGUUGCUCAUUAAAAACGGAAGCUAACUUGGAAGUUCUGAAGUCCAUACCUAGUGAAAAGCUAAUGAUUGAAACAGAUGCGCCUUGGUGUGGAGUUAAAAGUACACAUGCUGGAUCAAAAUACAUAAAGACUUCAUUUCCUACCAAAAAGAAAUGGGAAAACGGGUACUGUUUAAAGGAUAGAAACGAGCCCUGCCAUAUAAUUCAAAUAUUGGAGAUAAUGGCAGCUGUAAGAGAAGAGGACCCACUAGAAUUAGCCAACACGCUAUAUAACAACACCAUUAAAAUCUUUUUUUCCUGAUA